AUGAGCGGGAGCGGCGCCCCCGGGCCCGGCGCGGCCCCGUGCCGCUUCGCCCACUACUUCGUGCUCUGCGGCAUCGACGCGGAGAGCGGGCUGGAGCCCGACGAGCUGGCAGUCUUGUACAAAUGGCUAGAAGCAGAUCUCCAUGGCAAGAGCUCAGAUACUGCAAACAAAGCCUCAGGAGAGAAUUUCGAUCAGAGUCCUUUAAGAAGAACCUUCAAGUCCAAGGUUUUGGCACAUUAUCCUCAGAACAUUGAGUGGAACCCCUUUGACCAGGAUGCUGUCAACAUGCUAUGUAUGCCCAAAGGGCUGUCUUUCAGGACACAGGCUGACAACAGAGAUCCACAGCUGCACUCAUUCAUAAUCACCAGAGAAGAUGGCUCUCGUACCUACGGGUUUGUGCUCACCUUCUAUGAGGAGGUCACGAGCAAGCAGAUCUGCACGGCCAUGCAGACUCUGUACCAGAUGCACAAUGCUGAGCAGUACAGCAGCGUCUGCGCCUCGUCCUCAUGCAGCAUGGACUCCCUGGCCAGCAGCAUCGAUGAGGGCGAUGCCACCUCCCUCGCCAAGCUCCAGCGGUACAACUCCUACGACAUCAGCAGGGACACGCUGUACGUCUCCAAGUGCAUAUGUCUCAUCACCCCUCUGCCCUUCAUGCAAGCCUGCAAGAAGUUCCUGGUCCAGCUCUACAAGGCGGUUACCUCCCAGCAGCCGCCACCGCUGCCCCUGGAGAGCUACAUCCACAACAUACUCUAUGAGGUGCCCUUGCCGCCCCCAGGCCGGUCGCUGAAGUUUUAUGGGGUUUAUGAGCCCAUCAUCUGCCAGCGACCGGGACCCAAUGAGCUGCCACUCUCUGACUACCCGCUGCGGGAAGUCUUCGAGCUGCUGGGGCUGGAGAACCUGGUCCAGGUUUUCACCUGCGUUCUGCUGGAAAUGCAGAUCCUCCUGUACUCGCAAGAUUACCAGCGCCUGAUGACAGUUGCAGAGGGGAUCACGACGCUGCUGUUCCCAUUUCAGUGGCAGCACGUGUAUGUUCCCAUCCUUCCUGCCUCCCUCCUGCAUUUUCUGGAUGCUCCAGUUCCCUACCUGAUGGGGCUGCAAUCCAAGGAGGGAACCGACCGCUCCAAGCUGGAGCUGCCACAGGAGGCAAACUUGUGCUUCGUGGACAUCGAUAACCAUUUCAUCGAGCUGCCAGAGGAAUUCCCCCAGUUUCCCAACAAGCUGGAGUUUAUCCAGGAAAUCUCCGAGGUCCUCCUUCAGUUUGGAAUCCCUCCGGAGGGCAACCUGCACUGCAGUGACAGUGCCACCAAACUCAAGAACCUGGUCCUUAGUGACUUGGUGAACGACAAAAAGAAUGGGAACAUCCCUGGCAACACCCUCAACAUGUACGAGCUGCUGAAAGGCAACGAAACCAUCGCCCGCCUGCAAGCUCUCGCCAAGAGGACAGGCGUGACGAUGGAGAAGAUGACCAUCACAGCUCCCCUCGCAGAAAAAGAGAAGGAUGUAAAGUUGCAGUGUGAGGAAGUGGAGCUCAGGGACUACAAACUGAACGUGCAGCUCCGUGAGGUGUUUGCCAACCGCUUCACACAGCUAUUUGCAGACUACGAGGCAUUCGUCAUCCAGGCUGCCCCCGAUCUGGAGUCGUGGCUGACCAACAGGGAACAAAUGCAGAACUUCGACAAAGCUUCCUUCCUCUCGGACCAACCUGAGCCUUACCUCCCAUUCCUAUCGCACUUCAUUGAGACGCAGAUGUUUGCAACCUUCAUAGACAACAAGAUAAUCUCCCAGUGGGAAGAAAAGGACCCUUUUCUGCGAGUUUUUGACUCUCGAAUUGAGAAAAUAAGGCUAUAUAAUGUAAGGGCCCCUGCACUGCGGACAUCCAAUUAUCAGAAGUGCAGCACUCUGAAGGAAGCAGGUUGCCUGUCUAUUCGGCGUCUAGUUUUGGUAGAUAUUGUGGCACCGGAGCCUCAUUUUCUGUCUCUUGAAAUGCAGCAAGCUGAUACCCAGUCCAUUGAGCAGCGGCUGAUGAAGAUCGAUCACACGGCCAUCCACCCGCAUUUACUUGAUAUGAAGAUUGGCCAAGGGAAAUAUGAACAAGGAUUUUUCCCAAAGUUGCAAUCAGAUGUCUUAGCAACGGGACCUACCAAUAACAACCGCUGGGCCAGUCGCAGUGCCACCACACAGCGGAGGAAAGACCGCCUCCGGCAGCACUCAGAACACAUUGGGCUGGACAAUGACUUGAGGGAGCCCUCGGAGGAGCUUUUGCUUCGCCAGAACUCAAUGGCCUUCUGGGAGUGGGACCAGGGGCCGCCCCCUCCUGCACGGCCUCCUAAAAAAUCCUUCUCUGAAUGCUGCCUGAAAUAUAUGCAGGAGGCGAGGAGCUUAGGAAAAAAUUUGAGGCAGCCCAAACUCUCGGACCUCUCUCCGGCUGUGAUUGCUCAGACCAACUCGAAAUUUGUGGAAGGGUUGCUGAAGGAAUGUCGCAUGAAGACUAAACGUAUGCUGGUAGAGAAAAUGGGCCACGAAGCAGUUGAGCUGGGACAUGGAGAAGCCAAUAUUACGGGACUGGAGGAAAAUACAUUGAUUGCUAGUCUCUGUGAUCUGCUAGAAAGAAUCUGGAGUCAUGGUCUGCAGGUCAAGCAGGGGAAAUCUGCUUUGUGGUCCCAUUUACUUCAGUACCAGGAGAGAGAAGAAAAGCAAGAACAUAGUGCAGAGUCCCCAGUUGCUGUUGGAACAGAAAGACGGAAGUCUGAUACAGGAAUUACUCUGCCUACUUUGAGGGUUUCCCUGAUACAAGAUAUGAGACAUGUUCAGAACAUGAGUGAGAUAAAGACUGAUGUGGGGCGAGCCCGAGCCUGGAUAAGGCUUUCUCUGGAGAAGAAGCUUUUGUCUCAGCAUCUGAAGCAGCUGCUUUCCAACCAGCCACUUGCCAAGAAACUUUACAAGCGUUAUGCUUUCCUGCGCUGCGAGGAAGAACGGGAGCAGUUUCUGUAUCACCUCCUCUCACUCAAUGCUGUGGAUUACUUUUGCUUCACAAGCGUCUUCACCACAAUUGUGAUCCCUUACAGGGCGGUGAUAAUCCCCAUCAAAAAACUGAGCAAUGCAAUAACCACAUCCAACCCGUGGAUUUGUGUUUCGGGAGAGCUAGGAGACACGGGCGUCAUGCAGAUUCCUAAAAACCUCUUAGAAAUGACAUUUGAGUGCCAGAAUUUAGGAAAGCUGACGACUGUUCAGAUUGGUCAUGACAACUCAGGGCUGCUGGCCAAGUGGCUGGUUGAUUGUGUCAUGGUCAGAAACGAAAUAACAGGACACACAUACAAGUUUCCCUGUGGGCGAUGGUUGGGAAAGGGAGUUGAUGACGGCAGCUUGGAGCGAAUCCUUAUUGGAGAACUGGUGUCCUCCACAUCUGAUGAAGAGCUGGGAAAGCAGUGCCGUACUCCACCCCAGCAGAAGUCUCCUACCACAGCUCGGCGGCUGAGCAUCACUUCUCUCACAGGAAAGAACACCAAGCCAAACGCAGGACAGAUCCAAGAGGGAAUUGGAGAAGCUGUGAACAACAUUGUGAAACAUUUUCACAAGCCAGAGAAAGAGAGAGGGAGCCUUACCAUCCUGUUGUGUGGGGAGAAUGGCUUGGUUGCAGCACUGGAGCAGGUCUUCCACCACGGAUUCAAAUCAGCUCGUAUUUUUCAUAAGAAUGUCUUCAUCUGGGAUUUCAUAGAGAAAGCUGUUGCCUAUUUUGAAACCAGUGACCAGAUUGGAGACAACGAGGAGGCCCUUUUGCUUCAGAGAUCGUCAUGCAAAACCUUCUGCCAUUAUGUGAAUGCCAUCAAUACAGCUCCAAGGAACAUUGGAAAGGAUGGCAAAUUCCAAAUUCUGGUUUGCCUGGGGACAAGGGACCACUUGCUGCCCCAGUGGAUCCCCUUACUUGCAGAAUGCCCACUCAUUACAAGGAUGUACGAGGAGAACGCCCUGCUACGGGACCGCAUGACUGUCAACUCCCUGAUCCGAGUCCUGCAGACAUUGCAAGACUUCAACAUCGUCCUAGAGGGAUCGCUCAUUAAAGGAGUGGAUGUUUAGCAUGGCUUUGCUGAGAACUUCAUUAUUCCUUUCCCAAGCAAGCAAACCACAACUGGGAGACCUGUCGGGACUUGAACGCGACGGCAGCGCAUCGCUGCAAGGCACCGCUGCUGGCUCCCAUGGGAGCAGGAAGCCCAGUUUGUGCUCCGUCGGGACUGUCCUCUAAGGCUGAGGAAAGCUAAGAUGCAGUAUUGUAGUUUAUUUGAAACAGAAAUUUAGUAUAAAAUAGAGUAUUUUCAUGUGUUUAGAUGUGUGUAAAUAUGCUAUCUUCUUUAAGAAAUUAUAUUACUCUAAGAAAGUUUUCUUAGACUGAAUGUUCUUGUUCUGACUGUGAGUAGCUUAAACCCAGGGGAGGGGCUGGGGAGGGAAGGAUUGCGGUGGGAAGGGAUGCUGCUACUUGCUUGCAAGGAAGAAGCCAAUCAACGUGUAAAUACGGCGCAAACUCAGCAGGGCUUUUUUCAGGUAUUGCAAAUGAAUACAGCAAAUAUCCUUAUGUAGCCAUUGUGAUUGUCUCACUCUUGGAAAUGUUAGUGUAUGUUGUUUAUCCUGCUGUACAUGGUCUCCCUUUAUUUUUUUGUUUGUUCAGAGACCCAGCCCUUUCAGUGCACAGAAGUUGUGAAUUGUCUUUUUUUUUUCUUUUUUUUUUCUGUAAAGGUCUUUUGUGUCACUUCUGUUGAUCUCCAGAAGAGGACACAGGAGCUGAAAUGCUUAAACACUGGAGAUGUGAGGUGCUGAGCCUUGGAGCCUGAGACCUGAUAAAGUGGUACUGGAGAAGGGAAACGAUGGCUUGUUGGCUUGCUUGCUGUUGCUCCUUGUCUCUCUGUAUGUUCUGGUGGUUCCCCAUUACCCCCAGCCAGCUUGUGUUGUGGAUGGCUUUUUUUUUUCUUUCUCCCUCUCAUCUAGAGGAAUUUGGCUCCUGCCAAAUUCUUGCUGUACUUGAGAGAAUCAUUGCUGCAGACACCAAUGUUGCUGUGAUACUGAGCUGGUCUUGAAAUGCUGACAGGUUACUAGUCUUCCUUUAUCCCACAGGACAAGUGUUCCUAGAAGUACAGGACCUUUAAUUAUUUUGGUGGUUUUGUUUGUUUGUUUAAUUAUCCAGGUACAAAAAAAAAAAAGGGAAUGAUGUGAAAGGAGAAAAAUGCUGGUGUUUUGAGCAUCUCCUACAUUCUUUCCAGUUAACGUGUUAGUAACACAGUGUGUUUGUAUAGCUAUGGUCCUGAAGAGGAACGAGGAGCAACUGAAGUCUGCAAAGCUAAAAAUUUAGCAACGGAUUGCAUUUAAAAUUAUCAGAUGCCAUGCAGCAAACACAAAGUGUAUUUUCCUUGUUUGUGGUUUGGGAGUUGUAAGAGUCUGAGGGCACCGUUAACUUCAUCUAGUUCCAGUUGUGCAGGUUAGUUUAAAUAUAGGUGUCUGCUGGAACUUGUUUACUCGCUUUGAUCUUGGCCGUUUUGUCAGAGGAUUUCCUGGAUGUCUCACAGCUGGAGCCGUAAGCUGUGGCUUGGGGAAGCCCUGAGUGGUAUUGUAAUUGUCUGCUGCUGGCUGUGCUUGCCAGCAGCAUUAGGAGGGGCUUUGGAAUGAUGGGCAGCAUCACAUCUCAGCACGGUGCACACAUGGUGGAGCAAGGGCAGAGAGCUAAGAAAAGGGAAAGAAGAUGAAAAGUAGGGUUUGCUCUCUCACCUGCCUCUUGUCAAGCUGCUCUCCUUUCCUGUGGUCCUUUGACUGCUCAGUUCUUCGAGCAGCAUUCUUGGUGUUGAAGGUUUGCAUCACAUUCCUGGCCAGAAGGAAACUCUUCAUGUGACUCCAUUUCAAUAGAAGGGAGAGUUUUAUGUUAUUGGCUGGUUUUGGUUUUGGUUUUUAAGGAAGUAAAAAGUCAGGAAGUCAUUGACUGUAACGGGAGUUCCAGCUUCUAAUUACUGUUCCUUCCUCCUGUGCAUGGUGAGCAACUAAUGUUAAGGCUGUGAGCGGUGGUGUGAGUUGGCAGCCAGAGUCAACUCUGUGACAUCUCUCUUACGUUUCCAGGAGGGUGAAAUUCAGGGUGUGAGGGUUUUCUGAGCGGCCAGACAAGUCUGCUUAAAGUCCACAGAAGAUACGUGACAACUUUACAGCAGCAAUUGAAAAUGUGUUCCCCUACCAGUAAAUGAUACGUUUAGCACCGGAAGCUGCGUGGCAGAAUUAUUUGGUAAUGAUUGCUUAGGCAAUGUUUUGAUUUCUUAUACAGCUCAGGCAUUUUAUGUCUAAUGACUGCUAUAUAUGACUUUUUCAUGUGCAGCCCAGCCUAAGUGGCUUUCAUUUAACUGAAAUAACAACUUCUUUAGUGCUUGGAUUUCUUUGCAACAGCAUCUGCAUUUUCUAGCUGGAUACUUCUCAAAAGUACACUGCUGUGUGGCUCUCAGAUUAGUAUUUAUUUAUGACUUAAGCAGUCAUGACAUUUGCCCAACAUGACGUGGGUUACGUGCGAGCAGGAUAAAGUAGAAACACAGGCACCUCUAAAGGUCAGGAAUGGGUGAAUGUACGCUCCAAAAAGGGCAGUAAGAUGAGGUAUUUCUUAAGUUAAAAUGAGUCAAAACCUGAGACAUUUGAAAAUUCAAAACAGGGACUUUCCCUAUUUCAAACUACAUUAAGGAACCUUUAGCACUUAUCUUGAACAUGGUUUCACAUCAUCUUUUUUAGCGAGCGUUGACUUGUUUUAUGUCAAGUUUCACAUCAGAUUAAUAAUAUGAUAAAAGUGAUGUCUGUCUAACAGUUCUUCGUAGGCAAUAAAGCACCCUAAGAUCUGCUGAGGGGUGCGGCAGAGUGUCCCUGCUUCUCAGGAGAUGGGACAUUUGACAACCUUGGGAGUACGAUUCUUCAUAGGGAGUUUUUAUUCUGUCAUGUAUGAUGUUUUUGUUUUUUUUUUGUAGGCUACCUUGUUUGUUGGAAACUGUGAGGUUUUCUCUGUAAGGUUUACAGAAAUCAUUCUGCCCACUAGAGUGAGAAACCUAUCAGGAUCCUUCUAAGCUAACGCAGUUCUUACUUCAGUGUUAAAGCACCUUCAUUGGUUGAGAAAGGGAAUCUGGGAAAAGACCAAAGCUCUGUGGUAUCUGCUUUUAAAAAACAAUUUCUACCUAAUACCUGUUUGCAGAUGUCUGAGUUUGCGUAGUCCUGUUAUCCUCACAUCUGGCAUGGUGACUGGGAAGAGUCAGAGAAUCCAAUGCCUCACUGUGUACAAAACCUGUAUUUAUAAUUCUCUGAAGCGAAUGCGGUUCUGCUGUCUAGUGACAAAUCUGCUCAUGUUUAUUCUGAGUUGGCAUGUGUAAUUAGGAAUCACUGUUCAAAGCUGUCUUUUUAGAAUAGUUGUGCAAAGGCAUAUUUGAGACAAUUCCUUCUUUCAAUCAAAUGAAGGUGUGCAUCUUACGGGGAAAUAUUGUGUGUUACACUUGAGAUGUACAGAUGUGCCCUGUAUGGCUUCAAAUGACCCUUCGGUGUCUCCAUUAAGUAUAUUUUGUCUUUACAUUACUACUAACUGAAUAAGAACUGGAUUAUUUUCAAGACAACAUUAGUAGAAGUAUUGUUCUAUCAAGCACUUUAACAUACAUAUCACAAACUGACAUGGGUUUUUCAGGUUUUGAAGUACAUUGAAAUACAGCUUUUCAUGCUAUGUCCUUUACAAAUAAAACUGUGAGAAUAA